AUGAAGCUCUGUCCGAAUUUCAUCGCACUCUUCAAAUUAGUGCACUCUCACUACGCCGUCAAUGCCAGACUAUACCCCGCCUGUAUUCUGCAGCCGCAGUCUGCACACGACAUAUCUGUGGCUAUCAUCACCCUAGUGGACGCCGAUGACAGCUCACCACAGUGCAAAUUCGCUGUUCACAGUGGCGGACACACGACCUGGGCUGGGGCCGCGGGCGUGCAAGACGGAGUGACGAUCGAUAUGUCGAUGAUGAAUUCUACAAUCUAUCAUGUUGAGAACUCGACCGCGUCGAUUAUGGCUGGGGCACGCUGGGCAUCUGUGUAUACCACGCUUAAGAAGUAUGGCGUCGCAGUGACGGGGGGCCGGUAUGACACUCUUGGGGUAGGAGGACUAGUGACUGGGGGUGAGUGA